UUUCAAUUUUGAGUUUCGAGUCAGUAACUUUUGUUUGUCGACAGAAAAAUGGCGAAAAAUAAUAAAAAGAAAUCGAAAUCAAUGCAAAGGCAGAAGAAGUCGGUGGCCAAGGACACCGUUGAAGGAAAAGCUGCCGAGGCAGAGGCCGCUCAGGCAACAGCAGCUGACGUUGUGGAAGCCAAGGCUGUCAAGCCACGUGUGGAGGAGAACGAGAAGCUAGCUCUGGCCGAGAAGCUUACUGCCGUCACUCUCGAUGUUAAAGAAUGGUCCGCCAAGAAAACGGAUGAUUCCAUGCACUUCGAUGACAUGUCGACCAUUGCCACCAUGUCGCUGUUGAUUCAUCAGCAAAUUCAACACAUCCGUGUGGUCAGGAAGCAAAUGUUUGAGCUGCACACCCAACAGGAUGUACUGCUCCAGGCCCUAACCAUUCAUCUGGAGAAAUUGCGUACCGCUGAGCACACCACUGUCGCAGACGGACAAAUAAUUGCCAAAACAUUUGAGACUGUAAAUGCGCAAUUGGUGGAUAUAUUCAGUGGCUGUUUGCCAAAACUUUCGCUGGUGGAAUAGGCUGCCACCCAAGUAGGCGCAGUUCCCUAAAAA